CGGGCCCCUCUCGUGCACUUGAAUGAAUAGGCCAGUGCAACAUACACAUUCAAUACGUAGAUAUACGUCCAAGUUAUGUAUAGUUUGAAGUACAAUCAAUAAGAGGAAGACGACGACGACGACGACGAGAAAAAGGAUAAUUGUUUGAGUGACAGACGGUGCAACAGAAAUAACAGUCACAAUGUCGUGGUUGAUUAUCGGAAUUUCGGGUGUUACAUGCGGUGGCAAGACGACACUAUCACAAUCACUAUACCAUUAUUUAAGUGAUCCGGCCAAUGAGAAUCGGUUGAGUGAUCGUGUUAAAAUCGGAACGGUGAAAAUUAUGAACCAAGACGAUUAUUUCUAUUCGGAUGAUUAUCCGCAUCAUGAGUGGAUCGAGCAAUUGUCACACGUUAAUUAUGAUAUAAUUGGAGCGCUGAACAUGUCCAAAAUGUGCAAUGAUCUAUACACCGAAUUGGGUAAACGAUUCGUUUUCUAUUCGAAAACGAAACCAGUGUCCACUGUAAAUAUUAUGAUAAUCGAGGGUUUUUUAAUUUUUAAUCACGGUGUACUGAAUCGUUUGUGCCAGUUAAAAUUUCACAUUCAUUUACCAUAUGAAAAAUGCUAUGAACGUCGUACAAAACGCGCCUACGAUCCACCCGAUGUGCUUGGCUAUUUUGAAAUUUGCGUUUGGCCCAUGUACGAACAGAAUUUCAACGAAAUCAAAAAUAAAGAGGAUAUUAUGCUUUUAAAUGGCGAAACGAGUAAAGAAAAAAUAUUCCAACAUGUGUUAGACUGUAUAAAAAAUGUAAUUUAGUCAUAAUUGUAGAUAACUUGGAGAAAAGAUACAACACAAUACAACACAUACAAAUAAAUAAUAGCAACAAAGUGAUUUUUAUAAGUCUUUUUUACCAAAAGGAAGAGAAAGAGAGAGAGAGAGAGAGAGAGAGAGAGAGAGAGAGAAACAAAUGAAUAAAUGACAUUUUAAAUCUA